CAGGUAAGCAGCUUGGUGGUCUCUCUGUCUCUGGGCUCUGAUGGUCAUUCAGUUGAGGAAUGGUUACUCGUGUGUACCGGUGGCGCUGUCUGAAGGACUGGACAUCAAACUAAACACGGCUGUACGCCAGAUCCGAUACGGCCCUCACGGGGUGGAGAUCACCACUACAAACUCUCGAAAUCACAGCAAUGCUGUCACUUACAAAGGAGAUGCUGUGCUCUGCACACUUCCACUAGGAGUACUGAAACAAUGCACCGCUUCCAAUACUCAAGGGGUGCCCAACACUGUGCAGUUCGUCCCGCCUUUACCGGACUGGAAGGUGGCGGCCAUCCAGCGCCUGGGUUUCGGAAACCUGAAUAAAGUAGUGCUCUGUUUCGAACGGAUCUUUUGGGAUCCGAAUGCCAACCUGUUUGGGCAUGUGGGUAGCACCACAGCAAGUAGAGGUGAACUCUUUCUCUUCUGGAACUUAUACCGGGCCCCAGUGCUACUGGCUCUUGUCGCUGGAGAGGCGGCCGCCAUUAUGGAGAAUGUUAGUGAUGAUGUUAUUGUCGGGCGCUGUAUCGCUGUCCUCAAGGGUAUCUUCGGCAACAGUGCAGUGCCCCAGCCGAAGGAGACGGUUGUGACGCGGUGGAGAGCGGAUCCGUGGUCCCGUGGGUCUUACUCUUUCGUUGCCGUGGGCUCCUCAGGAAGUGACUACGACAUCCUCGCUGUCCCCGUGACCCCAGGGCAGCAGCAGCAGUCAGGAUCCCCAUCCCCCACGCCCCAGCCCCGACUCUUCUUUGCUGGAGAGCAUACUAUCAGAAACUACCCAGCUACUGUCCAUGGAGCUUUUCUCAGUGGGUUACGGGAAGGGGGUCGUAUUUCAGACCAGUUUGUCGGCUGUCCAUACAGCCUCUCAUCUUCUUCUGCUUCUGCGACGCCCAGCACUCGUCAGCCCCCUCCUGGGGGCCCCCAGCAGUCCGCGGCUUGAUCUGAGAGGCCCCAGCAGUUGCUAACGUAUACACGUUGGUUGUAUGAAUGCUAACACCACCUGUACGUUGCUGAAACGAGCAAUAUGAACGUAAUGUGGGAUGAAGUCAAGAAUACCGAAUUGUUACAUAUGAGAGCUUAGUGAAUCGUUGUUCCUUCAUGUAAAGUUUUGGCUCUAAAAACUUUAAGAAUUCAAAUUUCAGUGUUGAAAGUUAGUUCCUGCCUCAUAAGGUCAUAUUUAACUAGUGACAAAACACUGAAUACUAAAUAUUCGUCUUCUAAAUUAUACAUAAUUUCUAAUAUUUUUUAUCAGAUUAACGGUCCUUUUGUGACGUUUGAUUACUUUCCGUUUCAUAUAUCAUAAUUAGUAAUAUGAAACUUAACUGUAAUUCAGUAGAAAUACGUAUAUCCAGCUGCUGCAACCAAUUCUUUCAAUUAUGUUUAUGGAAGGAAACAUUUGGAAUCACAAUUUCAUCUUUUGUGGUAUUCUGUGCGCUGUUUCCAUUGUGGACUGAAAUCUAUGUCCAUAUUUUUGCCUGAAUCGAUAUGAAAUCCCGCAAUGGACUUCAUGAGAUCAGAUGAUAAAUGCAACAUCAAGCUUUGAUUUACAGACACCUUUGGAACAGGGAAUUAACUGUGAUUUCUAUUUCUUUGCACAUUUAACUGUAUUAAGGGGUGAUCAUUUCUCAAUUUGUGGCUUGAUGGUUCUGUUUCAAAGUGUUUAGACAUCCUUAUGUGGAAAGUCACUCAGUUUUACUGGGCUAUAAUAGCUAUAAAUCAUUCAUACAGAUUGGACUAAUUUUUAUAGAGAUACAAAAACACGUAACAAUACGUUAUUAGUGCAUUAUUAGUAGUUAAUCUGGAUACAAUAUCCUGAAAUCUGAUUGGAGCUCUCAAGCUGUUCAGGCACACAUUAAACCAAAUGUGAACUGGGCCCAUUUCAAUUUUUUAUUCUUAGCUUUACAUGUAAUAAUUGAGAAUAGUAAUUACAUGUAAAUACUGGAAACACAAGAACUUCAGUUUUUAUGAAAACAUAGAUUAACAUUUACUGUGUUAACUUUUUAUGAUUCUGGUGCUCUCUUUGUGGACCUAUAUGAAUGAAAGAAUUAAAAUUAAUCAAGAGUCCUAGCCAUUAUUGAUAAUGUCAGAUUAUUGUUAUGUCAUCAUAUUUUGUAGAUUUCCCAGAUUUUGUCUUGAUUAAUAUUCCUUUUCUAAUUCAAAACAACAGCAUAUUUUAUGAAUCACAAAUUAUUUCAAAUUGUAUAGAUGUCAUAGACUUUAGCCUGCUUAAACAGACCCUAAAUUGAAAAGUCAGUAAGAAGUAUGACAUAAAUUCGGUUUUAGUGGAAUGGAGCCAUUUCACUCACAGUGUGCAGACAUUUCUAGUGCUAGAGUCAAUAAAUAUAUUUAUUUACUUACAUUUAUUUACUGGAGCUUAACUUUAACUGCCACAAUCCCAUCUUAAACAAGUUAGAAUGACCAUGCAUGUUACCAGUUUUGAUCUAUAAGAACUUUAAAGUUUUAUCUUUUUAAGGUGCAGUUGUUCCUGGCUUCAUCGGAUUAAGGUUUUCAAAUAAAAUUAUAUCAUUCACUUUAUUAGUGCUCUUAAGUCAGAUUGAGGCAGUUGCCAUCUCUGAUGUUACUGGAGUUUCCUUCAUGGGAAUGCAGUUUCUAUACAAAUAUGUUGUUUCUUGUAAGACAUAUAUGUAAUAACAUUAUUGAAAGCAGACAUUGCAUUGUCUGUGAUGGUGAAACCCUAAUUCACAGUAGGUGCUCUAUCGACAAUUUUGAUUUCUGUUCACUCUCUUGCUUUUGAGGAAGAUGGUUUUCGAAUCCAGACAUUAACCAGACAUUUUAAACUACCUGACAUUAAAAUACUAGUUUUGGGUGCUUACAGUAUAUGAAUAAUAACUCGUGCUAUGUUGUCGUCACUGUUAUUGUUUUCAGAACAUUCUGAGCAGCCAAGGCCACCAGUUUCUAUAACAGAGACACUGAAUUAUGCAUCAUGAUGAGAGUUAAAUCUGGCAAUCAAUUACUCUGUGAGUUAUGUGUAGUUUUCGUCACAAUCUGAACAUGACUCUCUAUUAUUCCUGUUAUUCUUGUCCAUGGUACCAAAUUUGGUGAACACCCACUCUGCGAUCAACACUUCUAUGCAAUUCUUUUUGCAUUCGGUCGCCACAUUAACACAGCAAUAGAAGUUCUUAAUGAAUUUAGUCAUUUCACCUAAGGUUAUUUAUACAUAAGGGGGCAUUGAUGUACUAAGGGCACACUGAGGGAUUAAUAUUAAAUGUACACUGCAUGCAGACAAUGAUUCCAAGACAUUAUGAACAGUUCUAAAAUUGUCCAAGAUGCUGAAAUGAAGAAAUAAACAAGUUGUGUAUCAUAUGGGACCUUGAAGUUUCAUGGUAAUCCAUAUUCACCAAGGAGUUAUUUGGGUAUAACACAGUAACAAAAUUAUAAAAAUUACGAAUGUAUUUUAGGAUAUUGCUGUGCUGUGCUGUGCUGUGUUGUGCUAAUGUGCUCCAUUGGUGAAGUUACUGAUUCAGGUUAGAACUGUUGCACUGUUUAAGAUCACAGUAUUUCAAAGGAAGUUACUGUCCAUUUCUUGAAGUUUAGGCUGAUUACAGUGAGGUUUAAGAGAAAUUGUCUCUUUCCUUCUUGGAGGACAGAACAACAUUAUUAGUAAAAAUUAAUGAUAUAUCCAAGGAAUACCUGCCUUCUUCUUUGUGAUCCAAAUUAUUCUGUAUUGGCAUCGUGGUGUACAUACCAUAAAGAUUCUUCAGUGAAUAUUUUAUCACAAUUCACUAAAUUAUUUGUGCUUGGAUGUAUAAAUUGGCACAUUUAAACAUUUCUUAUCAUUGGCCUGAAAUUUUGAAAAUUUAGGACCUCCGUAUUUUGAACCCUGAACAUUUUGAUACAGAAUCAUAUUCAAAUUAGACACUUCUGCUGAAAGAAGUAAAUAUGUAACCUGUGUGUCCAGUGUAAAGUUGAUAUUUCCAGAUUUCAUGCAAGUUAUUUCUAUGAGCAUUAAUUUAAAUUAAUAAUUUUUCACAAAAGCCUAUGCCCAGAUUUGCGAGCAGAAGUUUGUAAUGUAGUCUACAAACAAACACAUUUUAAAGUCUAAAGUUUAGAUUGGCAUGAUAUCAUGAAAAUUGCUGGCAGAUUAUGAGCAUCAGCAUUGUGAAUGGUGGCCAACCUAAUUUGCUUCAGACAUUUUCCAUAAAUUCAAUGGCCUUUGUUUUCCCACCGCAUAAAUGCGAGAGUGUUUGCAGCUUUGCACCUGAGAGUUCUAAACAUUCCGCCACCUACAUACGUGUAUGUUGAGUUAACAUAUCGGGAUUCGAUGGUAUAUAGUCAGGGAGUGCUGUUUUAAUUCAUGCAUAUUGAACUUCUUGUAUGUUUCAGAGUUUUACGUUUGUUGAUAUAAUCUGUAUUUUUAAAUGUUAUCCAGAGGUGUAUGUUGUUCAAGAAAUAAUCUUUUGAAGUAUUGUCAACCAUUGUAAGUAUAAUGUGACUGUAUAACGGUCAGUUAAGUUGUUAAGUAGCUGCUACAUAUCUUUUCAUUCAAUUGUUAGGUGAGUGAAUUUCACAGAUGAAUGAAGCACAGGUAUGGUUGAUUUUUAAAUUUAGAAAUAUGACUUAGGAUGUGUAAGUUGUAUUUUUUGUUUGCACGAGUUGUGCAUUCCAAUCUUUGUUUUUGUUGUGUAUCUGGAAAUAAAUACUUGAUCUCA